UCGGUGUGAAUGAAAGAAGGGGCGCAGGCAGAGUGAGGAGGAGGCUUUAGUAAUGCAGAGGGGAGUAAAAUGGCAGAGCUACAAAUGCUGUUAGAGGAAGAAAUUCCGGCUGGGAAGAGAGCUUUACUCGAGAGCUACCAGAAUCUCUCCAGAGUCGCGGAAUACUGCGAGAAUAAUUAUGUACAGGCUCAGGAUAAAAAGAAGGCCUUGGAGGAGACUAAAGCGUACACCACCCAGUCGCUGGCCAGCGUGGCGUAUCAGAUCAACGCUCUGGCCAACAACGUGCUGCAGCUGCUGGACAUCCAGGCAUCUCAGCUGCGCCGCAUGGAGUCGUCCGUCAAUCAUAUCUCCCAGACCGUGGACAUCCACAAAGAAAAGGUCGCGCGGCGAGAGAUCGGGAUUUUGACCACCAACAAAAACACGUCACGGACGCAUAAAAUCAUCGCCCCUGGAAACAUGGAGCGGCCGGUGCGCUAUAUCAGGAAGCCGAUUGACUACACGCUGCUGGACGAUGUGGGGCACGGCGUCAAGUGGCUAAAAGCGAAGCAAGGGAACAGUCAGCCUGCCAGGUCCGGGGGCGGGACUUUAUCAAGGACCAAUCCACCGACGCAGAAGCCACCAAGCCCACCCAUGGCAGGGCGGGGCACCCUGGGGAGAAACACACCCUAUAAGACUUUAGAGCCUGUGAAACCUCCAGUGGUGCCAAACGACUACAUGACGAGUCCGGCGAGGCUCGGUGGUCAGAGCAGCCCAGGACGCACGGCAUCGGUCAACCAGAGACCCCGAACACACAGUGGAAGCAGUGGUGGUAGCGGCGGACGGGAGAACAGCGGGAACAGCGUGGGAAUUCCUCUGGCUGUUCCAACACCCUCCCCUCCUAGCAUGGCACCAGUGGUACCUCCAGGUCCAGGUCUGGGUCCUGUUCCGAUGUCUCAGUUCGGCACUAUUUCUCGGCAGAUCUCGAGGCACAGCUCCUCCAGUGCCUCGUCCUCUGCCUCCAUGGUGUCGGCAACUGGUACGUACCGCCGCGCCCCAUCCAGCUCGUCCCAGUUCUCCGUGCCCCAGUCGCACCUUAAUGGCGGUCCCACGUACCCCCAAAACCCGGCUCCGGUCUCUGUCGCCCCGCCGCCUCCUCCUGUGGCGCAGCUCACACCCCAAAUUCCUCUCACUGGAUUUGUGGCCCGAGUUCAGGAGAACAUUUCAGAUAGCCCCUCCCCUCCUCCACCACCACUCCCCGAAGACACACCCAUGUUUGAGGAAGCGGCUCCGCCCCCUCCCCCGCCCCCCGUUGACUAUGAAGAAGAGGAUGCUGCGCUAGUGCACUACAACGACCCCUACGCAGAUGGAGACCCUCACUGGGCCCCCAAGUCCUACAUAGAAAAGGUGGUGGCCAUCUACGACUACACCAAGGACAAGGAUGACGAGCUGUCCUUCAUGGAAGGCGCCAUAAUCUACAUCAUCAAGAAAAAUGACGACGGCUGGUUUGAGGGCGUGUGCAACGGCGUCACCGGACUGUUUCCCGGCAACUACGUGGAGUCCAUCAUGCACUAUGCUGACUAACGCUAACUUACGAAUGUUUUCAUCUGACCUAUUUAAGUAUUUAUGAUGUGCAGUGUAUUGAGAAAGUGUUCGGUUCUUCCUGAUUCAGGUUUUUGGACGUGUUUUGUACAUACAGUACUGUAUGAAACCUGUCGGUUGUGACUAGUGCGUGUUAUUGUGCGUGUUUCGUCAGCGUAAAAAAACUGUGGUAGUUUUUCUUUUAACGUACUGCCAAACUCUUCCUUUACAUCAGGGAAGACGUGGUUGAAUGUCGUGAUUUACAGUAUAAUCUGGCUGAUACACCAGGUCAUUUUUAUUCCACUUUGCCUGCAGUGUUAGCCUACGUUGCAUUUUAAUUCCAUGUAUGUUGCUAUCGUGAGGCCGUUGCCUUAACAUUUCAUAAUUAUAUCAUUCGUUUUGCUAUGUUCAAACUGGGUUCCAUGUAGCCAGCUUCCCAACAAGCCAGGUACUUCAUCUGUACUACAUUUGCUAGCUAAUGUAACUAAAUUCCUUUACUGCACUAGGUAGGUAACAAGGCAGGUUGUUGGCCAGCAAAGCUAGCUAGUUUCCCAAUUGAUAUGAAGGAAAAUGUGUGUGAUAAUUCUCAAAGGAAAUUUGCUAGCUAGUUAGGGCUAAGCAGCUCUUUUCUGGCUGGGGGCGGAGACAAUUUCAAGGGCAGAAAUUUGGCAGUUUAAGGCUAAUCUUGCAAGCCAGACUUUUAGCCUGAUACAUUUUGUUACCAACCAACCAUAUUAACACACUAAUAACUCUUAAAGACAUGAUGCCAUGAACAUUUUUUAAAUCCAGUGACUAUAUGAACUGUAUAGUCAGAAAAGUAUAAAAUAAAAUAUGAGAUGCUACAUGGCAAAUGAGUUGAGCAAUGUGUCCUUAAAAUUAUAAGAUAUUACAGGCAUAGAAAUACAUUUAAAAGCUGAAUCUUUAAUACAGUUGUGCUUACUAGUAAGCUAACUAAAAUAGGUCAAAAUUUGCUAUUUACUAUUGCCAUCAGGUGCUUCAUGGUUUGUAGGUAGCUUUAUUUUAAUGUAACACUACUGCUAGCAGCUAGCAACUCUGUUGCGUAGAUUUAUGUUGUGCUUAGUCUGGUUACACACUUUAAAUGUUCCUGUUCGAGUACCAUAUGGCUAAUUCAAUCAGACAGCAGUCAAACAGUGGCAUUGUUCAUUUAGGAGACAUUUUGUAAAACAAAAAUUUGAAGUAUUAAACUCUGUUCAUUCCAUGGGGUGGAUUCUGCUAAUCUUCACCCCUCAGUAACAAUCAUCCCAAAUUUUUAUUAGUCGUUUUGCCUCAUUUGCACCCGGGUGAAAACACAAACCUUGUGAGGGAACCUGUCCAAUUGUUUACACAAUAUAAGAGUCUAAUGUUAGCUAGGUUUCAAACAACUCUGGUUAAUGGUUUACACAAUAUUGUAGUUAGUGUGAUGCUAGCUACCUUGACUACAGUUUUAUACACAUAAUAGCCUCAUGUUAGCUAGUUUGAUAGCAACUUUGACUACACAGUGUAAUAAUUAGCCAAAUAUUAGAUGGCUUAGCUACUGUUUUACACCAUUAGCCAGCUAGCUUGCUGGUGUUUGUUGUUGCAUCAUACAGUGCUUAGCCUAACAUUAGCUAGGUAGUAAAGUUAUAUAGCUACUACUGAAGGGUUAAUACAGUAUAAGCUAAGCUAUCUACUUAGCAGUCUAGUGUAGCUAAUAAUGAUGAUUCUGUGUUUUUGGUGGUAAACUCUGUUUUCACUCAGGUGCAAAUAGUAUUUAUUCUCAGUUAUAAGAAAGCACAGCAUGGAUUUUUAGACUGUCAUUGAAAUAACCGAUGACAUUGAAGUUCAGUUUGGUUUUAUAUUAAUUUAAUAGAAUGAAAUAUCCAUGAGAAUGUGAUUCACUCAGUGCUGUGUGAAACAUGACCACACGGUGUUAGCUACUCAUCACCUUCGCUAUUAGCUUCUCUCUCUUCACCUUGUACAUAAAUAAAACCUGUUUUUCUCAGUUGAUGUACAGCGGUUUUUAUAUUAAAGUACUGUCCGGUA